AAAAUUUGACCCUCGCACGAUUCGCGUCAUUCGCGCCGCCUCAUCCUUAUGCUCUCCUUGCUGCUGUGUGGCCGUGCCGCUUGCUUUUCCGGGAGAAUUGUCCAAUAAGGGACUAUUGCAAGUCUGUGAUUCUUCCAGUCUCUCAUUCAGGAUGGCCAUUCAACAGCCUAAGCCUUUUGUCAUGUCACACACCUCCAACCAAUGGAGCUCUGGAAUCUUUGACUGCUGUGACAAUGUACCAGAGUGUUGCUUUUCAUUUUGGUGCUUUCCUUGUUUUGCCUGUGCGACGGCUCGUAAGCAUGGUGAGUGUUUGUGUCUCCCUCUGCUUGACGGAUUUGGAUGCAUCCCUCCAAUAACAAUUGCCAUGCGGGUAUCAACGCGCCGACGUUAUGGAAUUGAGGGUAAUAUCUGUGAUGACUGCCUCUAUUCCACCUUCUGUGGUAUCUGUUCCUGGUGUCAGAUGUCUCGAGAAAUGAAUGUCCGUGAACAAACGGUCACACUUGUCAACUCUCGAGCAAGAUGAAAACAACCCAAUAAAUGUCAUAUCGUUAUUAUUUUGUACAAGUCAUUGACAAACUCUUAGAACUGCAAAAUUGGGUUUGUUGUAAGAUAAAUAUACAAUUUGAUAAACAUCUGCUGUGAGGUCAAUAUUGAAGAGCAUGUUUUAAAAAAAAUCACAUUAUUUUAUAAAUUCAUUCAGUGUAUGUUUUUAUAGCAAAUUAAAGCAUUACAUUGUGUACAGCUAAAACUUACUGCAAGGUUUUUCAUUUGUUUUGACAAAUCAUUAAAAUAUUUUAAUCAUUUACAAAAUAAAUAAAAUUUAAGUCUGAAAUUAAAA